CAAAACAAAAAAGUUGGCCCAUACCACGGGAGCCCAUUACCGUUGGAGUUGUUGCCUGGAACCGGUUCACCACGCGGUCAAUGGAUCGUGAAGCCAUCUUCUUCCACGCACAUGGAUGGACCAUGGAUAGUAAAGAUGUUCGUACGGUCCACAGAUGACGUGGUGGACAUGGUCGAAGCACUAUGUUCUCCCGCACUACUAACCUAGCAACGAGCGAGUACUAUCGCGAGUGAGAGUCAAGUCCUUGCUCCACCGCACGAAACUAGCAGCCCCGCGCUCGGCACCGAUGUCGGAGAAGAAGCGGCGCCGCCCCGAUUCGGCUUCCUCCGCCGCCGCCCCUCCGCCGCCGCCGCCGAAGAAGAAGGAUAAGCCCCGGGGUUCCUCCUCCUACGCCCAGGAUCUCCGGAAGCAGCUUAAACCCGACGCCGAGAUCCUCGCCACCGUGCGCCGCAUCUACGAGGAAUCGUCGUCCUCGUCCUCCGCCAACACCAGUACCCACGCCCCCAACAACCCCGACGGCGCCAACAAUGGCGAGGCCGCCAAAACCCUAACCCUCGCGGACCUCAACCUCUCGUCGUCGUGCCGCGAGGUCGCGGACCUCGACUCCCCCUCCGUGCUCCGGGCCAUCGAGCGGUCCAUCCUGGCCGUGGCCCGGUCCAUCCUGUCCGGGCGCGGCUUCUCCUUCUCCGUGCCGUCGCGCUCGUCCUCGAACCAGCUGUUCGUCCCGGAGCUCGACCGCGUCGUCGUCCGCCCCUUCGCCCACCUCUCGACGGUGCGCAAGGCCACCAUCACCGCCCGCGUCCUCUCGCUCGUCCACGCGGUGCUCCUCCGCGGCAUCCACGUGACGAAGCGCGACCUCUUCUACACGGACGCGAAGCUCUUCGGGGACCAGUCCCACUCGGACGCCGUGCUCGACGACGUGUCGUGCAUGCUCGGGUGCACCCGGUCGUCCCUGCACGUGGUGGCGUCGGAGAAGGGCGUGGUGGUGGGGCGCCUCGUCUUCUCCGACGACGGCGACCGCAUCGACUGCACCCGCAUGGGCAUCGGCGGCAAGGCGAUCCCCCCGAACAUCGACCGCGUGUCCAACCUGCAGAGCGACGCCCUGUUCGUCCUGCUGGUGGAGAAGGACGCGGCCUUCAUGCGGCUCGCCGAGGACCGCUUCUACAACCGCUUCCCCUGCAUCAUCCUCACGGCCAAGGGCCAGCCCGACGUCGCCACCCGCCUCUUCCUGCGCAAGCUCAAGGCCGAGCUCAGGCUGCCCGUGCUGGCCCUCGUCGACAGCGACCCCUACGGCCUCAAGAUCCUCUCCGUCUACAUGUGCGGCUCCAAGAACAUGUCCUACGACAGCUCCAACCUCACCACGCCCGACAUCAAGUGGCUCGGCGUGCGCCCCAGCGACCUCGACAAGUACCGCGUCCCGGAGCAGUGCCGCCUCGCCAUGACGGAGCAGGACGUCAAGGCCGGCAGGGACCUGCUCGAGGAGGACUUCGUCAGGCGCAACGCCGGCUGGGUGCGCGAGCUCGAGACCAUGCUGCGCGCCCGCCAGAAGGCCGAGAUCCAGGCCCUCAGCUCCUUCGGCUUCCAGUACCUCACCGAGGUUUACCUACCUCUCAAGUUGCAGCAGCAGGACUGGCUCUAGUCUAAGCCUUUCCUCUCUCUCUCUCUCUCUCUCUCUCUCUCUUUCUCUCUCAGGGUUGUAGUAGUGUCUAUUAGUUGAUUCAACUAUAUAAUGUUCAACACUAUGAAUUGGAUUCUCAUGCUCAACAUCAUUAGGCUUUCAUGAGUGGGAGAAUGAUUGUUUGUUUUGUAGAGACUAGAGAGAAACCUACUUACAGCACUAGGCAUUCCGAGUGGAAGGUUCUGAAUUUUAUGUAAGAGGCAUUCUUCCUAUCUUGAUGCUCUAUUGCACCACAAGUACACAGCAGGCAAGUUAACUGCUGUGUGUAGCAAAGCACUAUCCUUUGAUUCAUAAUCUAUAUAUUGUUGUUUGGUAGAUGACCAGACCCUCUUAGAGGUGGUGGAGUCUAGCGACUCUUCUCAACAAACAGAAUUUAAAUAGAUGUUCCUAUUCCUAGUUUCGUACCAAAAUUAUCAAUGGCAUGUAAAUUUUUCUCUGCAGCCCCUUUUAAGAUGCUAGAAGGGCACUAAUGCGCAAAAGUUUGCCUUUAAUUUUUGGGGAAAAUGUACCUUGAAUCUGUCGUUGAUCAGUAGGAAAUUUGGUUGAAACACAGCAAAAAUGGAAGAAAAGGAGACUUAUAGUUAGACAAACUGUACAACUUGAAGAAAAUGGGCCUUCCUAUUGAAGUUCAUUUGUUGUUUACCUGCAUUCUUGAAACAAGUAUUUCCUAUCUUCGAACCAAAUUUUGAUGUUCUGAUAAAAUAAAUCCUAAUUAGUUAUUACUGUUAUUAGUGUGGAAUCAAUUCUGAAUUGCUACUUAGUAGUAGUCUCUGUUAACAAUAUUCAUAUUUUGUCGAAAGCAAGAUUAGUGGCCUGGGGUUAGAAUUUAGCUCUCUUUGCUCUCUUUGUAUGUGAUGCUGUGUGAUGCAAGCAUGAAGAUACUUCAUGAUGUCAAGGAAAUCUUAGCCGGGUUGCAUGUUGGACAAAAAUGUCCAUGUCUUCAUUGUCUAAACUGAGAUACCCUACCUGUAGUGAAAACUUGUGCGCCAAGGUUUCUCCCCACACCUGAGAUACCCUGCCUGUAGUGAAAACUUGUGCGCCAAGGUUUCUCCCCACACCUCACUGCUGAAGUAUGCAAAUAUUUUGGGAUGGAAACUGAAUUUGAAUCUUGUAUAAAUGAAUUAGCUUCAUUGCUGUAAAAAUCCAGUGAAUAACUCUUCUAAGAUCCACUUCAGUAAUAACAAAAAUACUCUUUUGUAUCAGUGUUCACUGGUCAGUUCUGUUAUAGGGUAGAAUAUUAGUCUUUAGUUUAAAGUUGGAGGUAAGAUUUCUUCUAUGAUGGUUAAACCAAGGAGAAGAAUACAACUGCACAUUUUAUUCAUGAAUAAACUGUUUCUUUGGUGAAAUAGUGGAAUUUAUCUAUCCUGCCUUUCUUUUCCUGCAAAUUCUUUUCUUUUUUCCAGUGGAAACUGGAAAGUACACAAAAAGACAUUAGAUAUCGAUCUAUAAUGUACUGAUUUUGCAUGUUUACUUGCUGAUGAAAAAGGAGAGUAUAGCAACAAAACAAGAAGCUGAAAAAGGCAUCCUUGCCAGCUAACAUGAGGGCUGACUCAUUGAACAAAAUGUCUACUUAUUAUUAGAGAAUAGUCCUAUUGACUGAUACAGUCCUGGUGUGAACAAAAUUCUUGACUUUUUUGUGUCUGGAAUUCAAGUCAACUUUUCUCAUGGCUCCUUUCUUGUUUUUGUUUUCUCUGUUAAAGUUAUAUUAUAUCACCUACUUCUUUUAAUAGUCAUUAUGCGAUUCCUAGAUUAGGGCUUUUCAUAAGGUAUUAAGGUGGUUGUUAUUUACUCGUAAAUCAUCUUGUGUAUGGAUAUGUUAUGGUCCUAACACCGUGCAAACUAUUGACCUAUCUGAUCCAACACUUAGAACCCAAAUAAGCCGGUGGGUUCUAGACCUUCGAUCUACAUUUGACUCGGGUGCUAAACUACCGGAUUGAACAACUCUAGGCCUAAAUUGGGCAUCUGAAUCGAAACCCAGAUCAAUAACCAUUGGAUCCAAUGUUACAGACUAAUGUUGGGUCGAGCUCGAGUCGGGUUAGUGGUUACGGUGGGGCCCGUCGAUUUGAACCCUUUGAAUAAUUCAAAGAUUCUCUAAGAAGAAGAAGAAACCUUCUAGACAAAGCUUCUCCUUGGGAGCCAAGGAAGCUCACUGAAACAAUAUAAAUACAUCAAUACUCCCCCUCUGCAACUCCACUUCGCUUUACAACAAAUUUCGAGCUCUCUUUCUCUUUGCUCACUCUUAAAACCCCAGAUUUCCUUUCGAGCUGGCAAAUUAGCAUCCAUGGAGCUUCGCACAUCCUCGAAGAAUCAGAAGGAGAAGAAAGGGAGGCCUCUGCCGAAGAGAGGGCAGGUAAAAGCAAAGAUAUUCUCAAUGUUGGUUCGAUUGCUCGUCCCGAAAGGAUUGAAGAAGAAUAAGGGUGACGAGUUUAAAGAAUGCGAGCAAGCGAGUACGCCUUCGAAUCCUGCUGUAAGAAUUGAAUGGUGUGUACACUACUCUGGAGAUAAGCAGUUGUUAUUAUGGAAAGGGCUUGUUAAGGCGGAUGGUUCUUCUGCAGGUGCUCCUCUUGAGAAAGGCGGAGGCGCGAAUUGACUUCUCAAGGUUGGUAUUGUACAGAAGAUCAGAGCAGCAGGAGGAGAGUUUGCUUGUUUGGAUUAAUGAAUGACCAAAAAUUUGUAUGUAAAGGCAUUGUAAUGUUAAAUACUGAGAUUUUCAGUGGAGAUUGAAGGCCCAGAUGUUGGGGACAGAGAAAUCCUGGAUACUGGUUUUCCUUUUUUUUUCUUGAAAAAAAAAAAUUAACAUAUUGUUGUACAAUGCCUUAUAUUAUUAUUAGAGAGAGAGAGCCCUGGGUGCUUAUUUGACCACGGUAUGUAAUAUAAAUGGAAAAUUAUUAUCAAUCCAGUGUUUGAAACUCUUUUGUAUGUAAA